GUUCAUUCUUUUUUUCUUUCUGACUCCUUAGUUUCCACAAAGUAAACAACAACCAUGACCAUAAAGCACGAAGAACAACAAUACCUCGAUCUCAUCAAACGCAUCAUGGAUGAAGGCGAACAUCGUGCCGAUCGUACCGGCACAGGCACAGUUGCCCUGUUUGCUCCACCUCAGUUACGGUUCUCCCUUGCAAACGACUUUUUCCCAUUACUCACCACAAAGCGCGUGUUCUUCCGAGGCGUAGCCGAAGAAUUGCUCUGGUUUAUUCGAGGCGACACCAAUGCCAACAAUCUCUCUGCACGCGGUGUCAAGAUUUGGGACGGCAAUGGUUCGCGCGAUUACUUGGACAAGAUGGGAUUUCAUGACCGUAAACAAGGUGAUCUCGGACCUGUCUAUGGUUUCCAAUGGCGUCAUUUCGGUGCUCAGUAUGUCGAUUGCGAAACGGAUUACACAGGUCAAGGUAUGGACCAGUUGCAACAAGUGAUUGAUAAGAUUAAAAACAAUCCUACCGAUCGACGUAUCAUCAUGUCAGCUUGGAAUCCUGCAGAUAUGGGCAAAAUGGCACUUCCUCCAUGCCACGCAUUUUGUCAGUUCUAUGUCUCAAAUCCCGGCAGCAACGGUCGUGGUCGUUUAUCAUGUGUGUUGUAUCAACGCUCGUGUGAUAUGGGAUUGGGUGUACCGUUCAACAUUGCAUCUUAUGCCUUACUGACACGCAUGAUUGCCCAUGUCACCGAUCUUGAUCCAGGAGAAUUCAUCCACACCAUGGGCGACACACACGUCUAUGUUGAUCAUAUCGAUGCACUCAAGGAACAAUUAAAGCGUGAGCCACGAGCUUUUCCCACACUCAAGUUCCCCCGAAAGAUCGAUUCCAUUGAUGAUUUCACCAUGGAUGACUUUGUUAUCGAGAACUAUCAUCCCCAUGGCAAACUUGACAUGAAAAUGUCUGUUUAAUGUCAUCCUUACCUCCCUCCACAAAGAAUAGCAACAACAACAACAACAACAACAACAACAGCAUAAUCAUCAUUCAAACUAAGCCUCACCUGAACCUCAUAUACUCUGUUAAACAUUUUAUUUUAUCACCAAACCUAUUUAUACUGUCUACCCUAUAUUAAGCUCCGGGCUCUUUUGCUUUAGAAAAUCCCAAGUACAUAUCAGCAAUAUAACAUUUUCAUGACAAUUGACGUUUUCUUUGAACUGAAUCCACUAUAUGUUCCCUUGUACUGAGGACCAAUAUAGUGUGAUUCAUUCCGCUUCUUUCUCGUCGCCUCUUCGUCUUCGUGACGUUUCCACCAUUGGACAUG